CCUUGAUUUUUUUUUUUUUUUUUUUCCCACCUUAGGCCUACCAUUCCCUACCUACCAAUGCGCAUGGGCAACAAUUUCUAUAUAGUUGCCAUAGCAGGUGCUUGGAAACUAGAGUUGCGUUCUCUCAAGCGCCCUCUGGUAUGUAACCGGGCAUCGCAGUAAUGCGAUUGGCGACCCGAGCAUUACGACAGAUACAGCCACAGCGAUCCGUCCCUCAUCCACGAUGUUCUCUCUCGCUUCCUAGCUUCCAGCGCCAUGCGGACGAGACUCGCCAUUCCGUCGUGCGAGCCGACCGUGGCACGCGAGUCUUCUCAGUAUCAUCGCCCCGCAGUUCUGUAGCGGAUUAUGAUUUGAUUCGUCCCGAGAUACUGUCUUUCUCUCACGCGCCGGCUAGGAUCAUUGUUGCUUCGCGACCUUCACAAACCCCCCUGAGCAGCUCUCUGAUUCAAGAGACAAAGGCUUUUCGCAAGUGGAGUGCUCUGCUAGCUGAUCCUAACCGCCUCGCCGUCGAAACCGACUUCUUUCGCCAGGGUCCUGCCAAACAAUGGCGCAGCCCAUUAUUGGUCGACAAGUUUGAGAAUUCCGGAGACCUGGCCCUGUGGGCAUGCCUCCUCGACUAUCAGAUGCGCAUUAAUGGACCUGCGGGGGUAGUUCACGUGUGGAAGGCGCUCUGGGGUCGCAAGACUUUGUUUGACGUAGACAGCCCACUAGCUCAGAUGUUUUGGCGCGUCAUGCUAGACGGGGCUCUCAUGUCGGAUGAUUCAUCUAUUUUGGAGGGUGUAUGGGUUUACAGCGAAUGGAUGUACCAUUUGCAUCGAGUUAAAUGGCCACAUCUAUACACUACUGUCAUGAAACAUCUCCUUCGCACUCAUCAGCAUCAACGAGCUCUCCAAUGGCAACUUCGGCUGAUACCUAAUUUCUAUCCCGGCUUGGACGAAUUUACUAAUCUUAUAAAAGAGUUCGUUCUCGACAAGGAACUCUACCGAAUGGAUACACUCUUAGCACUCUACAAGACCAGCCCUGAGAAGAAGCUUUAUACAACUUUGCUCCCUUACCUUUUCAAUCUCGGAGAAUCGCAAUUGGCUAGGAAAUGGCGAAGAAUCUUUAUUAUACAUGGCGAAGAACCGUCGCUUCUAGCACCAGUUCGACCGUUUCUUCGAUUCUUGCAAGGUUAUUACCCUAAUGACAAAUUUACACGUAAAGAGCAUGCAGCUUUGAAGUUUACGCCCGCAGUGGCGAAGGAUGAGCAAUCUGAUCUAUCUCGAGAAUUCAUGAAUCUCGUCCACGGACGCACAUUUGGCAUCACUGCCAAGGACUAUAAUGAUCGGCUUGGGGCUAAGUGGUUUGCAAGUUCUUGGGUGAGCCUAGAUGUUGCAAUCUCAACAGUAUCGGCUAUUGGCGUCGAGAAAAUAGGGCCUCUAUCUCUUCAAUCCAUUGCUCUCCGAGCGGGAAACGCCGAAGGUCUCUUAAAUCGCAUCGCUCAACUUCGAGAACAUGGCAUUUCGGUUGUAGAGUCAAAUUAUUUCCGUCUUAUUUUCUAUCUAGCGAAGCAAAAUGACAAUGAAGUUCUUGACGAUCUUGUACGAAGCGAUCUUCAUCCAGAAGUUUUUGAUGAUCUCAAUCUUCAAACCCGACUGAUCGAUUCUGCAGCUGAUACAUCUGACUGGCAAACCCUAAGGCUAUUGUUGAUCUCGAGGCUUGUGGCUUUCGAGCAGUCAGCUCGGAGUGUAGCUAAUGAUGUACUACGACUUCGCUUUGAGAGGAGAAGCCAAGACGGCGUGCUGCAAAUCCUUGAGCAUAUGAAGGCAAGGAAUAUUGUUCUCAACUUUGAGGAAGCAAGUCAUAUUUAUGACAGUUUGAUUGAGGAUUACAAACACGGUCAAAAACGUCUUGAUUCCCAGCCCUCUGUGUUCUAUCUUUCUAUUUUCCGCCAACUGAAAUCUAUGGACGUGCCAGUGCCUGUUAGCCUCUGGAAGCUUAUUAUGCUUAGCAUGGCUCGGCGAGGACAAAUCGAGGACCUGGCAAGACUUUCCGUCGAGGUCGUAGACAUGUUCCUCACCUCAAUGUCCUUCCGGCCUGGACUUAUACCCGUCCAUAUCUGGGACCUUCCGGAAGCUAUAAGAUAUCCGCUUGGAGGCGUCGAGAAUCUCCUAGGGGUCUACAUCCCUCAAGAUAUCCCAACAAACCACCAUAAUCACCCUCUACAUGAACUAUUUGACAGCAAGGGUUUAACUGAAAUGAUAGAAAAUGCCUUCCUCGCUCAUCCAGGACAAGGAUUUCAACCCAGAUCGGGCGCUGAGUCACACCGACGCCUAUCUCAAGGCUCGCAGAUCACUAAAGCGAUUCGAUUAUUACGCGCUGUCAAUGAUAGAGGCAUGUGGCUCCAUUACAGGAAAAUUCGGUUCGUCGUGACGAAUUGCUUCGUAAAUAUUUACGGACCGAGCACUCCAGUGGACACUAGGCAGCGUUUAAUGAGAGCGAGCAAUACUCUUCGACUGGAUGAAAUGAAGACCCUGGUUGACCACGCCUGGGGCGGUAAACUACUGCCGCCCAUAGAGGAUCUAAUCAGGAUAGUUCGAAAACGUCCCCUCGGUGCGACUCUUCGCAGUCGCAAACCGGCGGAGCCGAUGGAAUAUGAAAGUGGCAUGGAUGACUGAGCCUGGCAGCGUGGACUGCCCAAGAUGAAGCCUGUAUAAAUGUUGUAUAAUAACAACUUUGUAUGAACUUGUAUAUAUAAAUAUAGACAGACGAUACCCAACCCUUGUAGACAAAAUAUGUACAAGUAGAUAUCAAUACCUACAUCAUGGGAAUAGAUAGGCUAGGACAAAGAAAAGUU